GAUGUCAAGCUUACAAAAGGAAACUUGGCAUUCGACUCUCCUAUACCUAAGACAAUGCUUCGUAAUAUUUUCUUCGAAUCCAGCAAAGAAUUUACACAUAUAAGAUAUACUGCAAUUACAUGUGAUCCGGAUGAGUUUGUAGGAAAGAAAUAUUUAAUUCAACAAAAUAAUUAUAAGCGAGAUACUGAAAUAAUGGUUGUUAUUACAAUGUAUAAUGAAAAUGAUACUCUCUUCAUUAAAAUAAU